AUGUAUGCUCCAGAUCAUCUCAGAAGAAAGGAAGUUAGAGAUGCUAUGUACCGUAGUAAUUCCAGUCUUGACUUGAUAUAUGCUGAUCACCCUGCAGGGAAUGGUCUGCGACGUGAGUAUGGUAGUCACGGGUCGAUCGACGUGAUCGGGGGUACUAGUGAUCGGAUCCCCGCAAUGGUACACAAUUAUAGUGGCUUAAAUGCACCUGACAAAUCUUCUGGGUUGAGCCGUGUGACCGAUCGAUUUUCUGAAGUAUUGGCUAGCGACCAUGCCGAUGGUCCAACACCAAGGGCUAGUGUUAGUCCGAAACCACGCCUUAAAUUUAAUAAACUAUGGGGUGGUGCAACUCCCGUCAUAGCUAGAUCAGAUGGCGAAGGAAUAAUUACAUCUGUGUCUGAUACAAGCAAAAGAAAACAAUUUGCACAUUAUGACUGUCAAUCCCUUAUGGCUAACUUGAGUUACGCUGCUGAAGUUCGUGGAGCUCUAUUAAGUAGACGAAGGAAUACAACGACUGGAGCAUCAGCUGCAUCGUUACUUGCCACGCGUGGCCUACCACCUGGUGAAGAUACUAUACCUGAUACUGGCGAUGGUCGUUCAAAUGAGUUACUUGAGAGUUGUCCAUUUUUCAGGAAUGAGUUAGGUGGUGAAGAAGAACGUUGCGUGUCUCUGUGCUCUCGUACAGCGAGAGGAGCAAUUCCUGGACAGUUUGGAGGAUGGCAUCGUCCCAGGGCAGCUUAUGGCUUUUCAGUCUUAGAAUUUCCACCUGGGCAAACUCAUUGGCGAAAUGGUUGCCCCUUCAUGAGAUCCAGCACUCCGUUACCUAUAGAAAGCCAAGAUUUAGGCGCAUUGUAUUACAGAAACUACUUUUAUACCCAUCCUCACCAAAAUUGGUUCGGAAUGGACGAGAAUUUAGGACCAGUGGCCAUUUCUAUAAAAAAAGAGCGUGUGGAACUAAGGCGGGGAGGUGGAGAUGCGUCCGCGCCGGCGUCCCAACUUGCCUGGCAGUAUCGUCUUAUUAUACGAACUUCUGAACUUCUCACCCUACGCGGUUCCGUCCUAGAAGACGCUUUGCCUACUGUUAAGCCAAGUAACAAUAGUGCAACGUACAACACGAAAGAGGUGUUGGAGUAUGUGGCACCUGAGAUACAGCUUAGUUGUUUAAGACUUGGAAUUACAAGUGGAGGUGCUGAGGAACAGCUUCUGCGAUUGGAUGAGCAACGCGUCACGAGACAAUAUAAAGUAGGAGUUAUGUAUUGUAAGAGUGGUCAGUCAACUGAAGAAGAAAUGUAUAAUAAUCAAGAAGCUGGCCCUGCCUUCGUAGAAUUUCUUCAAAUGUUGGGUCAAACAGUUCGAUUAAAAGAUUUCGAUAAAUAUAAGGCUGGUCUCGAUAACAGGACGGACUCCACUGGUCUGUACUCCGUUUAUACGACGUAUCAAGGGUGCGAAAUAAUGUUCCAUGUUUCAACAAUGCUUCCAUACACGCCGAACAACAGGCAGCAGUUGUUAAGGAAACGGCACAUCGGCAAUGAUAUAGUAACAAUUGUCUUCCAAGAACCGGGUGCGGCGCCUUUCACGCCGAGAAAUAUUCGUUCACAGUUUCAGCAUGUUUUUGUGGUUGUAAGAGUUAUAGAUCCGUGUACAGAGAAUACACAUUAUAGUAUAGCUGUAAGUCGUGCUAAAGAAGUGCCUUUAUUUGGUCCCCCUAUUAAAGAUGGGGCGGUCUAUCCGAAAGGAGAAGCUUUUACUGAUUUACUUUUAAGUAAGGUUAUUAAUGGUGAAAAUGCUGCCAUCCAAUCGCCUAAGUUUAGUACGAUGGCGACCCGUACGCGACAAGAGUACCUGAAAGAUUUAGCUAAGAACUAUAUUACUGCUACGACUACAGACACUGGACAAAAAUUCUCUAUAUUCUCUUCGUUAUUGAUGAAGAGCGGAAACAAUUCCAGCAACAACGCCAUUGUGCCUCGCGUCGAAGACUGCACUAACGAUGUAUUGGUCGGAGGAGCAUUGUGCUUUCAUGUGCAAGUACAGGACGAGGGAGCGGGGGGUAACUUAACAGACUGCAUUAUAGGUAUAUCUGCAGAUAGUAUAGUUAUUGUCGAAGAGAGUUCUAGGCAGAUUGUACUGGUGCUACCGACUAAUACAUUACUUGGCUGGGUGGUGAGCGGCGCGUGGGUGCGCGUGUACUUCCACCGCGGGGAGAGCGUGCGCGCGGCGGCCGCGGGCGCGCUGCUGCGCCGCCUCGCCAGCGUGGCGCCGCCGCACGCGCACGCGCUGCCCGAGCUGGCGCUGGAGCGCGGCGCCGCGGCUCAGCUCGGGUUCCACGUGCAGGCGGACGGGCUGGUGACGGCGGUGGAGGGCGGCGGCGCGGCGGCGCGCGCGGGCGUGCGGCGCGGCGCGCGCCUGCUGGAGGUGUGCCGCGCCGCCGUCGUGGCGCUGCCGCACGACCACCUCGUCGACCUGCUCAAGACCUCCGACCCCGUCACCGUGCGGCUCACGUUCGCGGCGGGCGCGCGCUGCGAGUGCGCGAGCGCGUGCGGCGAGGCGUGGGCGCAGCAGCCGGCGCGCCGCCGCCAGUCGCCGCCGCGCUCCGACACCUCGGGCUACGGGACCGGCGGGUCGGGGCGGAGCACUACAUCGGGCGGGCAGGUGGACGUGCGGCGACGCUCCCACGAAGACGCGUCUCCGAGACACGCGCGUCGUCCGCGCUCUGCCGUCCACUCCGCAACACACUCCUCGCUCACGGAGGAACUGAUGCGGCUAAUGGACGCGGAGCUCGGUGAGCCGCGCGGCGGGCGGCCGGCGGCGGGCGCGGGGGGCGCGGGGGGCGCGGCGGCGGACGGCGCGCCGCUCCCGCUGCCCGACGCCUCCGCUCUGGACUGGGCCGCGCUCGUGCACACCGCCACGCGCGCCAUGCUGCAAAUUUGUGAAGAGCACCAGUAUCCAUCCAUGGACAACGUCGACCCGACUUCAGAGACGACGACGGAGGUCGGCCUCGAUACGUGGUCGGAGAUACCAUCGGGCGACGCGGACGCGGCGGGCGCGGCGGGGGUGGGGGGCGCGGCGGGCGCGUGCGCGUGCGGGCUGGCGGAGCGCGUGGCGGCGCUGGAGGCGGACGCGGCCAGCGCGCAGCGGCACCGGCUGCAGCUGGAGGAGGAGGUGCGUCGUCUCCGUCGUCAUAACGCCCGCUUGCGCGAGGACUCGGCGCGCGCCGUGUGGCAGCUGCGGCACUUCACGCAGUGGCUGAAGCGCACCGUCGACAGGCAGUGACGUCACGGCACCGCCACAAACUAUUAUGUCUCAGAUACUUCCAAAAUAGUAAAAUGGAACGCCUUAACUUGCGUGACGCAAUAUCAACUACGUACCACUUAUUAAGGUACUCUUGUGUACUUGAGUAGUAUUUAAAUAAUUACAUAUGUAAUUUCCAAAGAGUAACUACGUGUUAAAUAAAAAGAUUAAACUCAG